AGAUGUGGUUGUUUAGCAGGAAAGGCCCAUCUGGAUUCUCUGCAUCUUCCACGGCUGAGGAGGUUACUCAAGGGAUUGAUGGAACUGAUCUCACUGCCAUCAUUACAGUUAUUGCUGCUGACAUCGACAGUACUCAGUACUGCACUCACAAAAGUUACUUCGUGGCCACUGUGAUUAUAGGAGCAUCUAGCGGCAUUGGAACUGAAACUGCACGUGUUCUUGCAAUGCGUGGUGUCCAUGUAAUUAUGGGGGUCAGGACUAUGGCUGCUGGACUUGAUGUAAAAGAAGCAAUUGUUAAGGAAAUUCCCUCUGCGAAAGUUGAUGUCAUGGAGUUGGAUCUCAGUUCACUGGAAUCAGUGAGGAAAUUUGCAUCAGAAUACAAUUCCUCAGGUCGUCCAGUGAACCUCCUAAUUAAUAAUGCAGGAAUUAUGGCGACUCCUUUCAAGCUUUCCAAAGACAACAUUGAACUCCAGUUUGCAACAAAUCACUUGGGCCAUUUUCUUUUGACAAAUCUCUUGUUGGACACAAUGAAGAAAACAGCACGCGAUAGUAAACGAGAAGGACGGAUUGUAAUCCUCUCAUCAGAGGCUCAUCGAUUCCCAUAUUCUGAGGGAAUUCGCUUUGAUAAGAUCAAUGAUGAAUCAGGGUACAGCAGUAUUCGUGCAUAUGGCCAAUCAAAGCUUGCUAAUGUUCUGCAUGCCAAUGAACUUGCAAGACGCUUUAAGCAGGAAGAGGGAGUUGAUAUAACUGCAAAUUCACUUCAUCCAGGAGCAAUUGUCACUAAUCUUUUACGUCAUAUGAGCAUCAUUCAUGGCAUUGUUACUAAGAUUGGUAAAUUUGCACUCAAAGAUGUCCAUCAAGGGGCUGCUACAACAUGCUAUGUGGCAUUGCAUCCACAAGUAAGGGGAGUUUCGGGUGAAUAUUUCAAGGACAGUAACAUCGGGCAAGCAGCUGAGAAGGGUAGGGAUCCCGAGUUGGCCAACAAACUCUGGGAUUUCAGCAUGAAUAUGGUUCAAUGAUGUAGAUAAUGUUCAUUAGUAGUUACCAUAUAUUCUACAGAAAGAUAAAUAAAAAAUAAAUAAAUGGAAUGAGAACUUGGCAGGUUACACUCCUGAGUUAAAUACAUUGUAUGGUCAGACAGGAGAGUGUUGACAGUCUGGAACAGAUAAUGCUUCUCUGAUAAAGGUUGUGUGUGUAGAGUAACAACAUUUAGCUUUUAAUAAAGACUCUGUAUCUGU